UAGUGGCUUACAUGCCGCUAGCUGGUCUCUGAGAUUUUGCACGAGCCCUGCGCAACGAGCACCAUACAGCUUGCAGCGCAGCUUUUUGAGCCCUCCCAGCACGUCUUCUUGCAGCCGCGCCAGCCCUACGAGCUGCGCCGUGCAGUAAGACACUUAUCCACUCACCACCACAGCACGCGCGCCAGCGCACAGCGGCGCGCAGAGUUGCGAAGCAACCACGAGGCUCCCUCUGUUCCUCCUCCGGUUGGGCGGCGCACGCGGCAGUAGACCGCCGAACAUCAUGCCGCGCGCGGCCUUCACCGAGGGCGUCUCGGACACCGACCCGCACGCGAGUCUCGAGAAGGUCCUCGACGAGGACAACCUCAAGUGGGUCGAACAGCAGAACAAGGUCACGGUAGAUAGAUUAGGUGAAAUUCGCGGCACGAAGACCUACGAGCGCAUCCUCGAAGCCCUCGAUUCCAAGGACAAGAUCCCGGCGGCCUACGAGAUCGGCGACAAGCUGUAUAACUUCUGGCAGGACGAUCAGCACGUGCAGGGCAUUUGGCGCCGAGCUUCAUUGGACUCGUACAAGUCCGAUAAUGUUGAGUGGGAGACGGUGCUCGACAUUGAUGCUUUACCGCCACCUACAAAGGACACGGCCAAGACCUGGGUCUGGCACGGCUCGAACCUGUUGGAUGACGGGAACUUCGACCGCUGUUUAAUUUCAUUAUCCCCAGGAGGCUCGGACGCGGACACGACGCGCGAGUUCUGCCUCAAGUCCAACAGUUUUGUCGAGGGUGGGUUUGAGAUGCUCGAGCCGGCCAAGUCGCAGGUCGGCUGGCGCUCUAGGGAUGAGGUGCUCGUGGGCACGGAUUUUGAUGGCGACGGGGAGUGUCUGACCGAUUCCGGAUAUCCCCGGGUUUGUCGCAGCUGGAAGCGCGGCACGCCCCUGUCCGAAGCGAAGACGGUCUUCGAAGGCGAAAAAUCUGAUAUUUCUGCUUCACAGUACGCGUACACGGAUCAUGGGGUGGCGCACGAGUUCCGCGUACGGUCGCUCACGUUCUAUACUGCUAAAUAUUGGCACCGCACACCUUCAGAUCUGGACAAAGUGUCCGCGGCAGAUGACGACACGCCCUUCGCGGAAGUGCCCAUUCAAGAAGACGCCCAGGUCUCGACGUUCGGAUCCAUGGCCUUGAUCACGCUGCGGAGCGACUGGACCGUGUCCGGGAGGACCUUCAAGCAGGGGUCGUUACUGAGUUGCAAGUUUUCCGACCUCAUGGCCUCUGAUCUGUCCAAGGCCCAGGUGUUGUUCGAGCCCACCGCGUCACGCUCGUUGGAGUCGGAGACGGCCACGAAGAACUAUCUCGUGCUGAAGGUGCUGGAAGAUGUCCGUUCUACUCUAGUCACGUGGCGUUUUGAGAAUGACAAAUUCGUCGAGCAUUCGACGGGUGGCGGCAUCGCUGUGGGCGAGGAUGUCUCGGUGCAAGGCUUGAACCGCUUCUCGGAUCAAGAUGACCGCGUGUGGCUCUGGCGCGACGGCUACCUUAGAGUAGAUGCCCUCGACAUUGGUGAUGCAGCAUCACUAGAUAAGACUCAACAAGUCAAGACGAAACCCGGCUUCUUCAACAGUGAUGGCUUGACCGUGGACCAGCACUUCGCGACCAGUAAGGACGGCACCAAGAUCCCCUACUUCGUCCAGCGUCGAACGGACAUGAAGUUCGACGGGAGUACGCCUACUCUCGUGGAUGCCUACGGCGGCUUCGAGAUCUCCAUGACGCCUCAUUACAGUGCUGGAGUUGGGAUUGGGUGGUUAGAAAGAGGUGGAUGUAAAGUAAUCGCGAACGUGCGAGGUGGUGGGGAGUACGGUCCCUCGUGGCACCAAGCUGCUUUGAAAGAGAAGCGUUAUAAAGCGUAUGAAGAUGUCGAGGCCGUGGCGGCCGAUGUGAUUAAGCGCGGGAUCUCGUCGACGGAAAAGUUGGCCGUGAUCGGCGGCUCGAACGGUGGUCUCAUGGUCGGCAACAUGAUCACGAGACCGGUCGCUUCUUCCUUGUUCGGGGCGGCCGUCUGCCAGGUGCCGUUGUUAGAUAUGAAAAGGUACUCGCAUCUGUUGGCCGGUGCUUCUUGGAUGGCUGAAUACGGCGACCCGGACACGGACGAGUGGAAGUUUCUGCGGCAGCACUCGCCGUAUCAAUUACUGAGACAUGAUCGCCUCGGUAUUGCUGAAGAUGGUGAAGAUCGUACAGCUGAUGACAAGUGGACGUGCCCCAAGGUCUUGUUUACCACAUCUACACGCGACGACCGCGUCCACCCGGGCCACGCGCGCAAGAUGGUCAAGGCUCUGUUGGAGGACGCUCCCUCCGAAAAAGUACCUUUGUGUUUAUAUUGGGAGAACACCGAGGGCGGCCACGGCGGCGCCGCCGACAACAAGCAACGCGCCUACAUGUGGGCGCUGACGUAUGCCUUCCUGGCGGAGGUCUUGGGGCUCUAGGUGGUGACCGUAAGUACUUAGGUAACUGA